UGGAGUGUACUGAGAUGGAGGCACGGAGAUCAUGCCUGCAUAACUCUGAUGAGCUGUGAUGUCAUGUUUGGGGGGAAAGGGUGGAUGAGGAGAGAGAAAUAGAAGAGGAGGGUGGAGGAAUCAGCGCACACUGGACCCUCCACACUCCACUCGUACCGACAGGGACAAAGUUUACCUUCUGUGCGUUUUACUGCGCCUGAGGAACAGCAGCCCUGCGUCUUACUGCACUCUUUACCUUCUCCUGCUUUCCCUCGAGCAUCCAGCACGGAGACAUGGACUGGGACCUGGUGGACAUGCUGAGGGAGGAUAAGUGCGUGUCUGAGUGUGAGCUGAACGCGUCUGUGAGCACUGAGGCGGAUCCGCGCAAUGUGCCGCCUGAGCGCAUGUCGCCUCUCCUCCCGGUCAUCACCGCCGUUUACUCCGUCGUGUUCGUGGUGGGGCUGGCGGGGAACUGCCUCGUUAUGUAUGUCAUUAUCAGAUACACCAAAAUGAAGACAGCAACCAACAUCUACAUCUUCAACCUGGCUUUGGCUGAUGCUUUGGUUACCACCACAAUGCCAUUUCAGAGUGCAGACUACUUGUUGAACUCCUGGCCAUUUGGUGAAAUAGUGUGCAAAGUCUUCAUCUCCAUUGACUACUACAACAUGUUUACCAGCAUUUUCACACUAACCAUGAUGAGUGUGGACCGUUAUGUGGCUGUGUGCCAUCCUGUCAAGGCACUAGACUUCCGUACACCACUCAUGGCUAAGACCAUCAAUGUGGGCAUAUGGGUACUGUCCUCAGCAGCAGGAGUGCCGGCCAUGGUGCUGGGGGGAACACAGACCAAUAAUGGCACCACAGAGUGUGCCCUGCAGUUUCCCGACCCUUAUGAGUACUGGGACACUCUAAUGAAAAUCUGUGUGUUCGUCUUUGCUUUUGUUGCUCCCGUCCUCAUCAUUAGCAUCUGCUACUCUCUUAUGCUUCUUCGACUGCGUAGUGUCCGCUUACUGUCUGGUUCUCGAGAGAAAGACCGCAACCUUCGCCGCAUCACCCGUUUGGUCCUAGUUGUUGUGGCAGCUUUUAUCAUUUGCUGGACCCCUAUUCAUAUCUUCAUUCUUCUGAAAGCUGUAGUGGCCAUUCCUGAGACCACACCACUUAUGGCUGCCUAUUUUCUGUGUGUUGCUCUUGGUUACACCAACAGCAGCCUCAACCCUAUUCUCUACGCAUUUCUAGAUGAAAAUUUUAAGAGGUGCUUUAAGGACUUCUGUUUGCCAGCAAGGCGAAAGGGAGAUAGAGGAGUUGGAGGGAGCAGACUAGGGAGGAUUGCAUCCAGGCAGUCUCCCCAGGCUGCAGAAUGUGCCCCAAGGACAGCAAAGCCAGCAUGACUAGCCGUGGAAUUGUCCUUCAUCACUCAAUCUGGAAAGGAGGACUCCAACACAGUGGGACUGACGCAGGUCUCUUCUGCACUCUGAUCAUAAUGCAACCUACAGUUGGUGUGAAUGUUGGUGUGACUGUGUCACUCGAUGAGAUAGAGCACUGUGACAAGACUUGUUAUAUUACACCCUGAACAUAGUGUGAUAAUGUGAGAGCCUGCUGAAGUCAGCUGGGAAUUCUACCAUCAGCUGCCAGCAAUGGUUUUGCUUUGGUAUAAUGGUAUAAUAUAUACAUGUAAAUAUGCUUUAGUUCUGCUGACCCUUAAAAAAGUGCAGCUAGAAACAUUUGAUUUAUCUCUGAUCUCUCUGCCAAUUUUUGGCUGUUUUGAUCUCUCAUUUAGUUUGAUUCAGUGACUCUCACCCAUGCAUUCAUACACUAAUGUUUUGGAUAUAGUGCAAUUCAUUCAUUCAUUCAUUCAUUCAUUCAUCUUCAUAACUAUUUUAUCCUGGUCUGAGUCACAUGGAUCUGGAGCCUGUCCCAGAAAUACUGGGAGCAUGUCCAUCUUGGGGCACCAUGCACACACAUUCACACACUCAUUCACACCUUGGGACAAUUUAGUGUAGCCAAUCCACCUUAUAGCAUGUUUUUUGGAGUUGGGAGGAAACUGGAGAACCUGGAAGAAACCCACAUAGACACAGGGAGAACAAGAGCAGAAACUCUACUGCAUUACAGUUGCCAAAAAAUGAAAUUACUAGGAUAUUUGCAAUAAUUACUCAUAAGUUUGGUUUUCUUCUAAGUCACAAUUCUAAACAGAUACACUUAAAAUAAUUACAAACAAGCAAUUGUACUUGUUCUUGUCCAUAUUGACUUAAUUAUUUAAAUGUUCACAGUGUAGGUUUAAAAAAAAUAUAUGAGACUCUGAGCUAACAACUUCUCCAAAAGCUAACUGGCUUCGGGUGUUCCAAGUAAUGAGAGAAGAUUGGAGGUGUGAGUUGUAGAGGUUCUUGAUAAUGCAGGUGUGAGUUGCAGUGGUGAAUGAUAAUCAGUUCACAAUUCACAGACAGAGGAAAUUCAGUACUGCUGCUACUCUCCUAAGGAGUAGCCAUCCAGCAGAUUACACCAAGUGCACAGUGUGCAAUGCUGAAGAAGGUGAAAAAGAACCCGAUGGUGGCAACAAAAAUCUCUAGAACUAGCUGUACUCUUUGUGCUGUAUGUGUCCACUAUAACAAAAAACACAGAACAGGAAUGGUGUUAAUACAAGGAAACCAUGGAGGAAAUCACUGCUGUCCCAAAAAAUACCUUGCUGCACAUCUCAAGUUUGCAAAGGAGUUUGUAUCCGUCAGUAUGUUUAAUGUCAACGUACAACACCAACAUACAACGCCUUUGGGACAAUGUCCUUCAGACAGAUGAGACAAAAGCACCUUUUAUCUCUUGACCAUGAUGGAGGGUGCAUUAUGGUUUUUUGCUGCUUUGCUGCCUCAGGUCCCAAACAGCUUGCAAUCGUUGUGAGAACAAUGAAUUUAAAAUCAUACCAAAACAUUUUACAAGAGAAUAUCAAAGUAGUGGUCUAUCAUCUUAAUCUUAAUACAAGUUGAAUGAUGCAACAAGACAGUGACCAAAACCAACAACAGAAUGGUUUGAAAAGAAGAAAAUGUAUGUUUUUGAUUGGCCGAUUCAGCGUUCAGACCUUAAUCCAAUAGGGAUGCUAUGGCAUGACCCGAAGAGGACUGUUCGUGCAAGAUAUCCCAGAAAUAUUGAUGAACUGAAACAGGUUUGCAAGGAGGAAUCUAAAAUUCCUCCUUACUGGUCUGCAAGUCUGAUCAGCAGCUACAGAAAAUAUUUGGUGGAAGUUAUUGCUAGUAGAGGAGGUUCUACCAGGUUCAACUAUUAAAAGCAAGGUUGCACAUCCUUUCAGUAAAGUACAAAAGUACAAUUGUGUUAUGAGUUCAGGCAGAUUGUCUAUUAUAAUGACUUGAAUUAAGAUCAGACCCAGAUGGGCUGGUUUAAGUAUUUUAGAACCUGUUGAAAUCUCCUAGGAUUUUCAUAUUCAACAGUCUGCAGAGUUUACACAGAAUGAUGUGAAAGCAAACAUCCAGUGAGAAGAAAUUCUGCACGUGGAAAGGUCUUGUUGAUGAGAGAGGUCAGAGAAGACUUGCGAGAAAGGUUUGAGGGACAGGAAGGCUAUAGUAAAUUAAAUAAGCACUCUGUACAGCCGUGGUGAGCAUUAAAGCAUCUCAGAAUGCACAACAUGUCGAAACUUGAAAUGGAUGGGUUGCAGGAAAAGAGGUCAUGGCUUGGGCUGCAUCGAGGUCCACUCCUGUCUGGCACGAACAGGAAUCUGAGUCUACUGUGGGCACUGACUGGGUAGUUGACCUGUAUCUGCAUGCUUUUAUGCAUUGCAUUGAUGACGCAUAAUUGGCUGAUUGGAUAAUUACAUGAAUUAGGAGCAGUUGUUCCAAAUAAAGUGGCUUGUGAGUGUAUGUUUCUGUUUUCUGGGCACCUACAGCACAUAUGGAAUAAUAAAGUUAUGCUUAUGGGUUUAAAUGUCGAUAAUGUAUGUUUCAGGGAUUUGGCCAGUCAGUGCUGGAUGUCUGUUACUCAAAGAUGUUAUUGUCAACUGAUCUGGCUAUGAUGUUCAUUUUCAAGUUUUUAGAUUUUAUCCAUCCAGACAAUUAGUCAUCAUAUCUUUCUGACAUUUUUGCAUUUUGGUUCUUAAUGCUAAUUUGUUUGGGUGAUUUUCUUUUGAUCUGAUAUAGCUGACCAUAUAAUAAUACAGUAUAAUAGUAUAAAUAUGCAUUUUUUGUCUUUCCUGCACUUCUUGUCUUUUUUCUGUCAGGUGCAGUCUCUAGUGUACUUUAAAUGCCCAUAUCCAUGACAACAACAGCAGAGUUUUAUCUAGAGCCGCAAGCACAACUGAUGUCAAGUUUGCACUUGAUGUGUUUUUUGUCAGUGUAUGGCAAAAAAUAACACAAAUAAAACAAUAGCAUUUUUAGGAUUAUUUUUAGGAUUUAAGCUCUCAACCUCACUGCUUUCUGGUUGUUCUGCAUCUCACUGCAUUGUUUUACUUCAGUUCAUUCACAUGGCUUUUGUUCUCUUUGACAUUGAUAUUCAAAUUGAAUUUCUUUAUAUUCUUACAUCCAUUUUGCCCUAAACUGUUUUGAAAUGAUUGAUAAAUGUUUAAUCCUGGACAUUUUCUUUGUCAUUAAUUAAUUUUUUUUUGUAUCUGCACUUUUUGCUCAUUACGCA